GUGACGUCGCGGUGACGUCACGGCCAGCUGAGCAGCAGCAGCAGGAGGAGGAGGAGGCGACGUCUACCGCCGUCGCCACUCCGCCGCGCUCCCCUUUUUAUUUUUAUUUAUCUUUAAUUUUUACAAAACAUUUUUUCCGCCGUUGCGACUUUGCCCUCCCCCCCCCCCCUCGCGCGUCGCGCUCGGCAGUACUCUGUUCUCGUAUGCUCAAUUGUUAGCGCUGGGUUUUUGUUGUUGUUGGCUGUUGCUACUCGCCGUUGGCGGUCGAUAGAGCCGGUGGUCUUGUUCGGUGCUAGAGACCCACACACCGCGACACACACACACAACGUAUAACGACGACGACAACAUCACCAUACAACAGCCACAGUCAUUUUUUAUUAUUUAAUUCAACCCAUCGUUCGCGGGCGGCCGUGGCGCAGCUGGCUCUGGCAGCUGGGUGACGCACGGCACCCGUCACGGCGCGCAACUCUGGCCUCCUCUUCAGACUCCGAGGCCGGUGGAGCUUCCCCGCCGCCCCGCAAGAAACAGCGGCUCGGCCCGCCGGGCAUGCAGGCCAACGGCGCCGCCUCGACCACCUCCGCCUCCUCUACCACCACUGCCGCCGGAGCCGCCGCCUCCUCCUCCUCCUCCCCGUCCGCGUCCACGUCGUCGUCCUCCUUAGUCGCCGCCGCGGCAGCUUCAAGCUCGGCACGAAACGGAGAGAGCAGCGCCGAAGAAGUCUCGGCGUCGCCGCCGACGCCACCCGGACUCCCAACUGCGGGAGCUGGAGGAGGAGGAGGAGGUGGUGGUGGUGGUGGUGGAGCUGGAGCUGGAGGAGGAGGAGGAUCGUCCUCUCGACCCGGUUCGCCUCCCCAAGCCAACGGGGUUGGCGGGGGCUCAGCUGCCGGGUUGGGGCCGGCGGGGGCGGCCGCCAGACGGAAGAAGAGGCUGUCGCAGACGGACGAGGACAUAAUCCGUCUGGUCGGGCAGCACCUACACGAGAUGGGGCUCAGCCAAACUGUGGACCUGCUAAUGCAGGAAUCCGGCUGUAGGCUCGAGCAUCCUGCAGCCACCAAAUUCCGCAGCCAUGUCACGGAUGGCGAGUGGGAGAAGGCUGAAGCUGAUCUAAAUGAGCUGAAACCUCUUGUGCAUUCGCCCAACGGAACCGUGCGCAUGAAGUUCCUCCUCUUGGAGCAGAAGUACCUGGAGUACCUGGAAGAUGGCAAGCUGUUGGAGGCAUUGCAGGUGCUGCGCCAGGACCUCACCCCUCUCAAGUACAACACGGAGCGAAUUCACAUGCUCAGUGGGUACCUGAUGUGUAGUAAUCCAGAGGACCUUCGAGAGAAGGCUGGCUGGGAGGGCAAGGGGCCUCUCUCCCGUGCCAAAUUACUGGACAAGCUUCACACAUACUUGCCUCCUUCGGUGAUGCUGCCACCACGCCGCCUGCACACGCUGCUGCACCAGGCUGUGGAGCUGCAGCAGGACCGCUGCCUAUAUCACAACACGCGGCUAGAUCCCAGCCUCGACUCUGUGUCGCUGCUCAUCGAUCACAUGUGCAGCAAGAAGCAGUUUCCAUGCAACACACGCCAGGUGCUCACGGAGCACUGCAAUGAGGUGUGGUACUGUAAGUUUUCCAAUGAUGGCACCAAGCUGGCCACCGGCUCCAAGGACUCCACUGUUAUUAUAUGGCAGGUGGACCAGGAGAGCUUCCAGCUAAAGCAGGUGCGUACGCUGGAGGGACAUGCCUACGGCGCGUCCUACCUGGCGUGGAGCCCCGACGACGUGCACAUCAUCGUGUGUGGCCCUGACGACUGCUUCGAGCUCUGGCUUUGGAAUGCACAGACCGGUGAGCUAAGAGUGAAGAUGUCUCAGUCCCAUGAAGACAGCUUGACAUGCGCUGCCUGGAACCCCGACUGCAAGCGCUUUGUGACAGGAGGGCAGCGGGGACAGUUCUACCAGUGUGACCUGGAUGGAAAUGUGCUGGACUCGUGGGAGGGCGUCCGUGUACAGUGCCUCUGGUGUCUGGGCGACGGCAAGACCAUCCUGGCGUCGGACACGCACCAGCGGAUACGCGCGUACAACUUUGAGGAGCUCACCGACCGAAAUAUUGUACAAGAAGACCACCCAAUAAUGUCUUUCACGGUGUCAAAGAAUGGGAGACUUGCACUGCUAAAUGUAGCAACUCAGGGAGUGCACCUUUGGGACCUGCAGGACCGCGUGUUGGUCAGGAAGUACCAGGGAGUGACGCAGGGCUUCUAUACCAUCCACUCGUGCCUGGGCGGCCACAACGAAGACUUCCUGGCCAGCGGCAGUGAGGACCACAAGGUGUACGUGUGGCAUCGCAAGCGGGAGAUGCCGAUUGCGGUGCUGACGGGGCACACCCGCACAGUGAACUGUGUGAGCUGGAACCCGGCAGUGCCUGGCAUGCUGGCCAGCGCCUCCGACGACGGCACGGUGCGCAUCUGGGGGCCAGCGCUCGACGCCGACGACAUCGAAGAUGGGCUGUGCAGCAUGGAAAGCUGACAUGAUGUGGGCAAAGAAGCCAUGUGGCAACAUCUGCAGCACCCAGCCGGGUCCCUGACACUGAGGCCAAAGCACUCGGUCUUGCUGUCCACCACCAAUAUCACAACAGCCACCAAGGAGCACUCAGUUGAAGCAAGUGAUGUCUUGUUGUUACGAGUUACACAUUUCUUCUUGUUGCGUUAACUUAACGGCUUCACAUGUGUAUAUGACUGGCUGAGCAGCAGUCAUAUUUUGCCCUCAUUUUUUAGCAUGGUGCGUCUUCUGAUACAAAAUUCCUUUUGAGACUCGCCAAAGUGCAAGGUCACAACUUGACGCAAACCGUAUAAAUAUAAUGGGAGUUUUUGGCUCAAAAUGCUGCCAUCUUACAUAACACAACAUGAACAUAUUCUGGUCCCCAAAAAGCCCAGUCUGUACAUAGCCACUACCUGGAAAGUAUUCCAGAGGAAAAAAAAAUGCCCGAGUUUAUUUCAGCUGGUGGAUAAUGGAAUGAAGUUGGUUAACAGUGUGUAGUAGUUGUUUGUAAGACUGGUAAUAACUCAUUUUCACUGUCUUAGCCCCUGUUUUCUUCUGUGCUGAGUUCUAAAAAGGACACCAGUCAUUUAAACCACAACAUGGCUUUGGCACUUUGAGCUUUUGUAUACUUUUGCGUUUUUCCUCAGAAUUUUUAUUGCAGUGUUUUAAACUUUUAUGGAGGCUUGUACAUUAUGCUACAAUGCUAAAAAUGGGGGGUUAAUGGGGGUUCAUGUUUGGUAUGAUUAAAAAAAAAAUCAUUUGUGGAACGGUGGUUUAGACUACUUGUUUAAAAGUGUAUGCAAUGUUUAAAAAGUUUAAUAAAUCGCCACUAGAACAUUUCCAGUUUUAAUUGUAUAACCACUUGACCAAUUGUACAAAAUCACAACAUUAAAUCAACUGCAGUGUCAAACCAAAAGUAUUAUGGAAAUUUUAAAAUGUUUAAAAUACAGAAGAUGGCACUAGGCAGCCUCAAAACAUUCAUUCAUUUUAUGAUUACUGCAACAAUACCGCCUAUUUUCUGUACAGCAUUUGUAAACCACAAACUGAGGGGGAGCAACAGCUUCACCAUUCACAACCCAGAAGAGGUGCAGCUUGUUGUGAUGUCUUGUAACUCAAGCCCCUGCUGCAUCUGAUUCCCUUGGAAUGUUCACACCUCUCCAACUGCAGAUGGCAGACUUAUUAUUGGGUAUCUGACGUUCAGAUAAACAUCCUGAGGUUUUUGAACCACUCUUUGUAUUAGUACACUCAAUCCUGACCUUGCUGUUGGGUCUCGGGCCACCUGCCUUGGCAGACCAAUUGAACAUUGCUUGUGGACCAGAAAUUGUGGAAACACGGAGUGCGCUUUGGGGAAAAAAGUGGAUAGUGUCAUUCACCACAAACUUAAUUUUUCUUCAUCUUGGUCUUGUCAUUUUUCCAUUUCAUUCGCUGACCAAUGUAAGGAUCAUGCUGCAAAUUAAAGACAAGUCACAUUAGAAAGCAAUAUCUGGAACAGGGCCAAUAGCAUUUACAUUUUAUGAAAUAAUACAAGUAGCCAGAAACAGAUCCAAACUGAUAUGUCUAGGUCAAUUUACAGUGGGCCUGUCAGUCUUUACUGUGUAUAUUAGCCAAAUAAACAACUGCUGUUGAAAGGUUUGUCCACAACAGUUAUUUGAAAAGCCACUCGUCUACUUGCAUGAAAAACAAUACAUAGGUGAAUACAAACCAUAACCCAUUUCAAUAUUAAAAGAAGGAUGUGGCACAUGCACACAUGCUGACACUAAUAAAAAAGCAUACAAAAUCUACUAUAUCCAUACGUUAAUGUAUAAAUGUUCACGGUGCUUGCAGAAUAUGAACUAUACCUGUAUAAAUAGAUGAAAAAGCUGACCAGCUGAUAACCCAGCUUCACCAUAGCCUCCUUCAUGCUGGAUUUGAGUUGUCCACGGUUGUGGAUUUCUGUUGGGUCAUACAGACCCAUGUUUCCACUUGGAAUGUUGAGAUACCUGUGCCAUCAGAAGAGAAGCAGGGAUAUACACAGGUAUUUUUCUGAACCUGCAUAUUUGCUUCACUAUGCAGUAUCCAUUUCGUCUAAAGAUGGUCAAGUAUUACAAAACAACUCUACGUAUGUACAUUAAAGUACCUUUUAUGUCAA